AUGACCCCGGAAAGAUGGACGCAAGAAGAAACGAUUGCUCUCCUCGCCAUCGUUCACUUGAGCACCAAGCUCGACGGUCCCAAGACGGACGAGGAUCUCGCCUACAUCCUGAACCAAAAGGUCGCCCAAGGACAUCUAAAGCGGAAUCUCAAUACAGACAAUUCAUUUAACAAACACAUUGUAGAGCAGAGGGUCUACAAUCUUAUGGAGAAUGGAACGGUUCCUAAAAUAGGGCAGAUGAGGGCAAAGCGCAAGGAGAACCCAAACAUGAGACCCGAGGAGGUCACUGCAUGGUUCGCUGCUGAAGCGGGCUUCCACUUUAAACCGCAGGAGCAGGACGUAUGUAGUAUGAGCGGCAAACGGUCAUUGGCAAUGCAGCCAUCGCCAUCUUCGCAGCCAAUCCUUCCAUUGCAGCAGUCCUAUGUACCGGGAAUGGGUGGAGCAUCGGAUUUUGGACGUCAACAGCUACCGCCGACUUUCUUGCCGCCACAUCAAGAGAUCAGUGUACCAGCCAUAGCUGGGCCACUGAGUUCUCGGGGUGCUCGUGGCCUAGGAAUGGGAAAGGGAAAAUCUCAGCGACACCACCCCCAACUCCCACUCCGGCUCAAGCGCACGUACCAAUACAACAACUUAAUGGCCCAAAUAUGGGCGGAACAAAGAAUUCUCACGGUCAUUAUGCAGGCGCCACCACACCGCGAAUCACAACAGCCACCAUCGAUGGUUGCACCAGCUCCGGCACCUCUAUCAAUACUGCAACUCAAUGGCUCAAGCUUGAAUGAAACAUCUCACACCUCCCCUCACCAACAGCAACCACGCCCACACCCUCAGCCCCUCAUAUCUCAAUCCAGUCACCCGCACCUCGCGCACCUCUUCCGCCCUUCACUCCGCGAGCCAGGCUCUCGAAACGGCCUCACAAUAUCAGGACAAGAACCCUUGGCAGAUCUCGGGCGGCAAUCGAUCGAGCUGCCGUCCAUCAAGUCACCGCUGCUCAUUGGCGACUUCACAAGUCCAGAUCACCCAAAGGAAUGGCGGACUGUAGAGCCGGGUUCCGAUUGGGUGAGGGUGGGGGCCGUACAUUCGGAGGAGAAGGCAAAGGAGAUUAAGGAUCAGUGGUGGAAGGACAAGCAGAUGUGA